AUGGCUCCCAGUAUAGCCAACAUACCCGACCACUACCUGUGGCUCGGUCUCGGCGUCUUCACCUUCAUCGCCAUCCAACAAGUCUCCCACGGGCUCCUCCACAUCCGCACCCUCACCGAAAUACACCGCCUUCCACACCCGCGGCCAUCCCACCCCCCAUCCCCCACCCACCAAGAAGACACCAUAAAAACCUCCUCCCUCCUCACGCUCGCAACAUCCCCAAACCUCGACAUCCGCACCUCCGCCACCAAGAUCCUAUGCCAGCGCUUCUUCGCCUCUCCUAGCGCCAAGAAACUCUGGCAGAAGGAUUUGCAGAGUAACGAUCCGGAAAUCAAGCAUCGCGCGCAACUCGUAUAUAAUCUACUCAGCGAGCACGAUGUCGGGCUUGCGAUGCCGCGCGAGCGGUGGCGCGUGCAUCAGCCGUCGCUCGCAACGCUGGAGCUCGAUGUACAGGAUUUGAGGCGGCGCCGGCGCGAGGCGGUGGUUAUUCAUGAUGGUGAUGUGGAUCGGCCGGUGGGCGAGGAAGAUCUGUUCAUGCGUGAUGCUGGGGAGGAGGGAGGGGAGAUUGGAGCUCUAGAGGACCACGAUUUCGUUUCGGAAGGGACGGCCGAGAGGGAACCAGCAGAUGCUCUGGCGCUGUUUGAGAGACUGCGAAGUAUGAGAUAG